CCAGCUCUCCGCGCGCUUCCGUCCGAGCCUUGGUCCAUCGAGCGCGUUCCUGCUCGCAUCCCGCCGCCCGCCGGCUCGGAGCCUGAAGCCCCCAGCUCAUCCCUCCUGAGACAUCUUUGCUCCAAGACCCAGGCGAUCGUCGGGUGACAAGGUGACGGUCCUCGCAUCAUAGCCCAGACGUGAGCAGCAGAAUGGGAUGCAAGGUGCUGUUCAGCCUUGGCCAGCAGAUGCUCAGGCGGAAGGUGGUGGACUGCAGCCGUGAGGACAGCCGGCUGUCCCGCUGCCUGAACACGUUUGACCUGGUGGCGCUGGGGGUGGGCAGCACGCUGGGUGCCGGCGUGUACGUCCUGGCCGGAGCCGUGGCCCGUGAGAACUCGGGCCCUGCCAUCGUCAUCUCCUUCCUGAUCGCCGCGCUGGCCUCGGUGCUGGCUGGCCUUUGUUACGGCGAGUUCGGGGCGCGUGUCCCCAAGACCGGCUCGGCCUACCUCUACAGCUACGUCACCGUCGGGGAGCUCUGGGCCUUCAUCACCGGGUGGAACCUCAUUCUCUCCUACAUCAUCGGUACUUCAAGUGUGGCAAGAGCCUGGAGUGCGACGUUUGACGAGCUGAUCGGCAAGCCCAUUGGGGAGUUCUCUCGCACACACAUGGCUCUGAACGCCCCCGGAGUGCUGGCCGCAAACCCAGACAUCUUUGCUGUGAUUAUAAUUCUCAUCUUAACAGGCCUUUUAACUCUUGGUGUGAAAGAGUCAGCCAUGGUCAACAAAAUAUUCACUUGUGUCAACGUUCUGGUCCUGGGCUUCAUCAUGGUGUCAGGCUUUGUGAAAGGAUCGAUUAAAAACUGGCAGUUCACAGAGGAGUAUUUGCAGAACAACUCUGGCCACCUGUGCUCAAACAAUGACACGAAAGAUUGGGCACCCGGUGUUGGUGGGUUCAUGCCCUUCGGGUUCUCUGGUGUCCUGUCAGGAGCAGCGACCUGCUUCUACGCCUUCGUGGGCUUUGACUGCAUCGCCACCACAGGCGAAGAAGUCAAGAACCCCCAGAAGGCCAUCCCCGUGGGCAUCGUCGCCUCCCUCCUGAUUUGCUUCAUCGCCUAUUUCGGGGUGUCGGCUGCCCUCACACUCAUGAUGCCGUACUUCUGCCUGGACAAGAAUAGCCCCCUGCCCGAGGCCUUCAAGCACGUGGGCUGGGACGGCGCCAAGUACGCGGUGGCCAUCGGCUCCCUCUGCGCUCUGUCCACCAGCCUCUUGGGCUCCAUGUUUCCCAUGCCUCGGGUUAUCUACGCCAUGGCUGAAGACGGACUGCUAUUUAAAUUUUUGGCCAAAAUCAACGAUAGGACCAAAACACCAAUAAUUGCCACGUUAACCUCAGGCGCCAUCGCUGCUGUGAUGGCCUUCCUCUUUGACCUGAAGGACCUGGUGGACCUCAUGUCCAUCGGCACUCUCCUGGCGUACUCUCUGGUAGCUGCCUGUGUGCUGGUCUUACGGUAUCAGCCAGAGCAACCUAACACGGUAUACCAGAUGGCCAGAACUACCGACGAGCUGGACCAAGUAGACCAGAAUGAAUUGGUGAGCACCAGCGACUCCCAGACAGGCUUUUUACCGGAAGCAGAAAAGUUUUCUUUGAAAGCCAUACUUUCACCCAAAAACAUGGAGCCCUCCAGAUUCUCUGGGCUAAUUGUGAACAUUUCAGCCAGCCUAAUAGCAAUUCUUAUCAUUGUCUUCUGCCUCGCGGCUGUGCAUGGGAAGGAUGCCCUGGCCAGCGGGGAGUUGUGGGCAAUCUUUAUACUCAUUGGCUCUGCCCUCCUCUGCUCAUUGGUCACGAUCAUCAUCUGGAGACAGCCUGAGAGCAAGACCAAGCUCUCGUUUAAGGUGCCCUUCCUGCCGGUCCUUCCUGUCCUGAGCAUCUUUGUGAAUGUCUAUCUCAUGAUGCAGCUGGACCAAGGCACAUGGGUCCGGUUUGCGGUGUGGAUGCUGAUAGGCUUUGCCAUCUACUUUGGCUACGGGGUGUGGCACAGCGAGGAGGCAUCCCUGGCCGCUGGCCAAGCAAGGACUCCUGAUGGCAAUUUGGACCACUGCAAGUGACCCACGGCCUCGUCC